GCGCCGGCGCGAGGAGAGAGCGGCGCGGUUGCCGCCAUGCUUCGCCGCCAGGCCCGUGAACGCCGUGAGUACCUGCAGCGCCGGGCGCAGGAGGAGCGGCUGCGGCGGCAGCAGGACAAGAAGGAGAGGCUGCGACAGGCCCUGGAUGAGAACCGACUGCUGCCCACUGAGCUGAGGCGCCAGGCGCUGGCCUUGCAGAAGGAGCUGGAGUUUGAGACUCCGGGGGAAAAUGGUGUGACGGGCAGCCAGGACGAUGAGUACCGGUGGGCAGGGCUGGAGCCCCCCAAAGUGAUGGUGACAACCUCGCGUGACCCCAGCAGCCGCCUCCGUGUCUUUGCCAAGGAGCUGUGCCUGGUGAUCCCAGGGGCACGGCGGCUGAACAGGGGCCGGGCAGAGGUGGGGGUCCUGGUGAGUGCGUGCCGGGCGGCUGGCGUCACCGACCUGCUGGUACUGCAUGAGACCCGUGGACGGCCUGAUGGGCUGGUUCUGUGCCACCUGCCCCACGGCCCUACAGCCCACUUCACGCUGAGCGGGGCUGUGCUGAGGCAUGAGGUGGGGGGUCUUGGUGGUGCUCCCCUAGGAGCACCGCACAUCUUGCUGCACCGACUGGACAGCGCGCUGGGACGUCGGUUGGGGACCAUCCUCAAGCACCUGUUCCCUGUCCCCCGGCCCCAGACCCGCCGCGUGGUGACUUUUGCCAACGAAGAUGACGUCAUUCUUGUCCGGAACCAUGUUUACCGGCGCCAGGGGAAGACAGUGGAGCUAGAGGAGGUGGGACCCCGCUUCCAGCUACGCCCCUACCUGAUCCGCCUGGGGACCUUGGAGCAAGGAGAUGCUGCUGACGUCGAAUGGCGUUGGCACCCCUACACUGCCACUGCCCCCAAGCGCCACCUGCUGAGUGCCACCUAGUGCUGUCGCCUCCUGUCACCUGCGCCACUGGCAUCCUGCUGGCUCGGAUGACAUUUUCAAUAAUACAUUUUUUCCCACUUUUUCCACA